AUGGCUGAAUAUGUUCUCAGUGUUGUUGAGGGAGUAAUAGCCAAUGUGAUGUCACUAGCUGUUGAGCUUAUCGAAUCUGUGCGGGUUUUCAAGGAUGAGCUAAAUACGCUUCUAGACUCAUCAACCAAGAUUCAAGCUUUGCUACGUGCUGAGAAAAGACAAAAAAAUGAUAUUGUUAUGAGCAUUUGGCUACUGAAGCUUAAAGAUGUAGAGUCUUUGAACCCAAUCCCCAAGAUCAGUCUGGAUUGGAAGACAGACUCUUUUAUUGAUGGUUCAGAAGUUGUAGGGCGAGGAGAUGAUGUCUUAGAAAUUGUCAAUUUGUUGAUUGGUGCAAAAAAUCAACAAGAUAUCCCUGUCAUUCCUAUUGUGGGAAUGGCAGGUCUUGGAAGGACAAUUACAGCAAAACUAGUUUACAAUCAUGAACUAGUAAAGAAACAUUUUGAUGUGAGGAUGUGGGUAUGUGUAUCUGAAGAUUUUGACGUUGAAAGGAUUUUAAGAGAGAUUCUUGAGGUUCUUAACAAUUGUUCUAUUGGGUUAGAAAAUAAAAAUGCUAUACUUUACCACCUUCAAAAGAAAUUGAAGGGAAAAAGAUAUCUUCUCAUACUUGAUGAUGUGUGGAUUGAAAAUUCUGAGAAAUGGGAUAGUUUAAGGAGAAGUUUGUUGGGAAUUAAUCAAAAUCAUGGAAAUAACAUUAUUGUAACUACUCGUAGUGACAAUGUGGCACAAAUAAUGGAGACAAGUCUUAGACAUAAAUUGGAAAAACUAUCCGAAGAUGAAUGUUGGUUACUAUUUAAAAAAAAGGCAUUUGCUAAUGAAAGAAUUCCCCUGGAUUUGGAGGCUAUUGGAAGAGAGAUUGCUAAAAGAUUAGGAAGGAAUCCAUUGGUUGCAAGUGUCUUAGGAGGAAUGAUGUAG